GCCAUCCCCGCUCCGUGAGGCAAUCCCAGAAGUAGGAAAAAAGCAAUAAUGAGAAUUACAAAAAGAAAAAUAAAUCAUUAGAGCGCCUGAGUAACGCCGUGGAUGUAACAACAACAGCAAUAAUUGCUGAGCGGAAUAAUGACUUUAUCUGGGGCAGCGAGAGGUGGAGGGAAUUUUUGUCGGAUCAUUCAUCGGCCAAAGAUGUUUCAGCUCCAGCUGAUUGCAAAAGAAAAGGUAUAAAAACCCUCUCGGCUCUGGGGCUGCUCCAGCCGAUCCUCCCCACUCGCUCCGAGCUCCACAGGGCCCAUUCUCCAUCCCGUCGGUCUCCGGCCUCGUCGCAGCCCCGUCCCCGUUGGCAGAAGAUGUUUUCCUCCAGGCAGAGCUCCAGCUGGCGCUGCCUGGCGCCCUGCGGCGUCUCCUGUCCCCAGCCCUGCGUGGACGCCUGGAGCCAGCCCUGCGUCACCUCGUGCGGGGACUCGCGGGCUGUCAUCCACCCCCCGCCCGUGGUCAUCACCUUCCCGGGGCCCAUCCUCAGCUCCUGCCCGCAGGAGAGCCUGGUGGGAUCCUCGGUGCCCUGCCUGGGAUCCGGAAACUUCCAGGGAUCCGGAAACUUCCUGGCAUCCGGCGCUUCCUACGGCUCCUACGGUUAUGGGAGGUCCUACUCGUCCUACGGAUCCUCUGGAUUUGGGUCUGGGAGCUGCAGGCCCUGUUAAAGAUCCGAGGGAUGAGCGGGAAGGAGCCGCCACGGAGCGUCCAGAGAUCCUGGAGCAUCCUCAGCCCCGCCUCCAUAAAUCCCAACAAUUCCUGGAGCAUCCUCAGCCCUGCGCUUUUCACACAAAUUCCUUUUUCUGGCUCUUUUUUUUUUUUUCCCGCCCUUCCCUGCAGGUCCUGAAAAAAUCGACCUUGGAAUCGUCCUGGCCGUGGCUGGGAGCAGGAUGAGGUCGCGUCACCUUCCCACGCCCACGGAAUUCCAGGAGUCAACCCUGUGGAAUUCCCAGCCCUGCAGCGAUCCUUUCCCUCAUUCCCCCUGCCCCUGUGGCAUUUUCCAUCCCCACCGGGAUAUUUUUGCUUCCUCCUUUCUCAUUAAACCAUCGUGCAUCAAAAUCCAGAGUUUUUCUGUGGUUUUUAAUCCUAAUUUUGGGGGGUUUUCUGCCAUUCUGGGUGAGCUUUUUUUUUUUUUUUCCGGUGCCUUUCCACAUCUGGAAGGUGGCACAAAGUCAUUCCGUGAGGGAUAAAGGUGUCUUGGAACCCUCCCAAUUCCAAAUUGGAAUUCUUGGGAUUUCUUGGAACCCUCCCAAUUCCAAACUGGAAUUCUUGGGACUUCUUGGAACCCUCCCCAAUUCCAAAUUGGAAUUCUUGGGAUUUCUUGGAACCCUCCCAAUUCCAAAUUGGAAUUCUUGGGAUUUCUUGGAACCCUCCCAAUUCCAAAUUGGAAUUCUUGGGACUUCUUGGAACCCUCCCCAAUUCCAAAUUGGAAUUCUUGGGACUUCUUGGAACCCUCCCCAAUUCCAAAUUGGAAUUCUUGGGAUUUCUUGGAACCCUCCCAAUUCCAAAUUGGAAUUCUUGGGACUUCUUGGAACCCUCCCAGUUCCAUUGGGAUCCUCCCUCGGGGCAGGCGCGGCCGUUCCCUGCUCCCAAGGAAAGUCAAACUCGGAUUAUUUGUGUCUCAACGCCUGCCCCGGGCUG